AUGCUUCAGGAUCACUCCAAGAUGAGCAUUGCUCUAAUAGUGCUAUAUAUACCUGUGAUUCUGCUAUCGACUGGUCUCGCAUGCUAUCGACACAAGAGACCGCGCAUGGCAUGGAUCACCCUGAUGUUCUUCUCCACAAUUCGUAUCGCUGCGGGAAUAGUGGUGAUUAUUUCAGAGCAGAAGCCAAGCGUCGGCGUGAUGAUUGCCGCGACAAUCCUUCUCAAUGCCGGUGUGUUCCCAUUGAUCGCAGCUACCAUGGGCUACAUUCGAAUCAUCCAGCACAUAUCUAUAUCUAUUCGGCUGUAUAUAAGCCCAUACCUAUGGAUUCUAAAAUCAAACAGUGUGGCCGUUCAGCAAAGCAUGAGUCCCAAGAUCCAGCAAGGGUUGCGUUUGUCUCGCCUACUGUUCUUAGCGGGCAUUUCUUUAACCAUUGCGGGUGGAGCCUUGGAGGGAAGUGACACUACAAGUGAUGUCCCUAUUGGAAUGAAGUUGGUGAAAGCCGGCUAUAGCAUCGUCGUGGUAUUUGCCGCCAUCUUGUUGGCCAUCCAGGCAUAUUUCUGGACACAAUACUCGCUUUUUUCAAAGACAAGUCGGACGAUCCUCAAAGCUAUGGCUUUUGGUACGCCGUUUAUUGGUGUGCGUAUUACCUACUUGUUUCUAUCUGUACUCCAUGCAUCAGACCUCAGAUGGAAUGCCCUUCUCGGUCCGAUUGCCCCGUUUUUGGUCAUGGGACUGUUGAUGGAGUAUUUUGUUGUUUGCAUUUAUCUGAUCACCGGGCUUCUGAUCCCUGCACGCGCGAUACCAGCCAAUAAGGUUAUUCCUCUUUCUGAAGAAGAGACAUCAUGA